UAUCUCUAAAACCCUAUUCUCCUAAUCCUUUGAAUCUCGUCUAUUUCUCCCUAAAGAUUUUGGUUGUUCUUCCUUAUUCUUCUCAAUUUUAUCUUCUAAAUCACUAAUUACGCGUGCCGAAUAUCAGAAUCUGAGAGGCCCUAAAAGUGGGUUUCUUACACAUUUAUGAGAAAUAAUCGGUAACUUGAUCCGCCUGCAGUUUCAACUCGUAUGAGUCAUUGAGCGGGCCGGCCAACCCAGAUCGGUCAUCUCCCCUCUCUCGAGACAUUUAAAUCUGACAAUGGCGGCAGGAACCAACAGGAAGAUAUCUGCUGCCUCGGCAAGGUCUCACACUAGAAGAGCUAACAAGAGCUCCGGCCUUACCCUCCCUUCAGGGAUCUUUCCUGCAGUACUGUUACUUCUACUGGCUGGGCUAGUGGCUUGGGGUUACCAAGCAAUCCAACCACCUCCGCCCAAGAUAUGUGGUUCUUGUGACGGACCGCCAGUCACAGCAUCGAGAAUCCAGCUUCGUGAUGGAAGGCAUUUGGCUUACCAAGAACGUGGAGUGUCAAAGGAUGUUGCCAAGAUUAAAGUCGUCUUCAUCCAUGGAUUCGACGUCUGUAGGCUGGAUGAUGUCAUUGCCACUUACACUUCUCCGGAACUUGUCGAGGAGUUGGGGAUCUAUUUCGUGUCGUACGACAGACCUGGUUAUGGGGAGAGUGAUCCCCAUCCAUCAAGAACAGUGAAGAGCCAGGCGUUCGACAUAGAAGAGCUUGCUGAUCAAUUGGGACUGGGGACUAAAUUCUACUUAAUCGGUUAUUCGCUUGGCGGACAGAUAGGAUGGGGCUGCCUGAAGUACAUUCCUCACAGGCUUGCAGGGGUGACAUUGUUGGCCCCAGCCAGUAACUACUGGUGGCCUGGUUUUCCUUCCAACUUAUCUACUGAAGCCUUGUACCAACAACCAACUUGUGACUACUGGUCUCUUCGUGUGGCUCAUUAUGCUCCCUGGUUAACUCAUUGGUGGAAUACCCAAAACUGGUUUCCAAGUCUUGGUGCAACAAGACCUCAUGUUCUUUCUCGUGAAGAAAGAGAAGUUAUGGCGAAGCUUAUAGCUAAAGGGGCUAGUCAUAGGGUAAUUUUCCAUGAGCAUGUAAGGCCGCAAGGAGAGUACGAGUCUCUCCACCGUGACCUGAACUUAGGAUUUGGGACGUGGGAGUUCGAUCCUGUGGAGAUGGAGAACCCUUUCACGGGCGAGGAAGUCUAUGCGCAUCUGUGGCAAGGAGACGAAGACACUCUGGUGCCUGCUACACUGCAGCGCUACAUUGCGGAUCGCCAUUCUUCUUGGAUUCGGUACCACGAGCUGGCUGGUUCUGGACACUUUUUCCCCCAUGUCGAUUGGAUGGCUGACACCAUUGUGAAGACGAUGGUGAAUGGCAAGCAGUAAGCUUUCACAGGCCUGUGUGCGCGCGAGACUUGUCGUUGAAUUGAACCUCAGUUCUUUACCAGGCUGGUAAAUUCAAAGCAUUUGGUGACAUGUUGUUUUAGUUUCAGCUUUGGGAGCCAUAUAUUGUUGUGCAAUAUUGGUUGUUGAAAACAUUGAUUGAUCUUAGGUAGUGGGAAAAAAAGGCUCUGGUGAUCAUG